AUGACUUCAAGUAGUUCUACGUCUGGCAGUGGGUCCCUUUCGAGUCAAUCUGUGCCCUCCAGUAUGGAGUCUGGUGCUACAUUGCCCACACAAGAUGUAGUGGAUGGAUAUUUUUCAGAGCCAGACGAGACAGAGGCUGCUGAGGCAGGAUGGGGCAAAUUGAUUCCUAAUGGCCGAGGUUUUGAAUUGCUUGGUGAGUGUAGUUAUAGCACAUUCUUUUUCAAAAAUAAAAUCUUAUUUCUUAUGUUGAUAUUAGAACAUUUUUUUACAAAUGAUGACAAGUUGUCAUCUGUUAUUGAGUCGUAUUAAAAAUGGACAACAAAACCUCUGACAUACAUGUUGAAAAUGUUUGCCCCCACCACUACCCUCCCUCCAUAUAUUUUGUGGACAACAUUCUUACCUGCAACUUUGCCCCAGGUGGUGAAGGGCCAAAGAAGGUACUGGUAGCGAUCCCCCUUGAUGGUAAAAAUACGGGUUGGCCAAUUUGGUAUCUUACACAUUUUCUUACUUUAGAUUUGACGAAAGAUGUCUAUUUAUUUGGCCGCGAUGAUAAAUUAGCUGAUGUUUGUUUUAUGCAGGCAGCGUUCCAUUCCAGUGUAUUUUUUAGGCUGAGCAAGAAGCACUUUGAAUUAAUUAAG